UACAUCACCUUUUCUAGAAUCGACUCAACGUCAACACGCAGCCAUGGCGCAUGCAGCACCUGUUGAUAUCUGGAAUGGAAAUGGCAACGCCUUGGGAGCUGCCUCUCCCAAAAAGGUAGCUUAUUUUUACGAUUCGGACAUUGGUAAUUUCGCCUAUGUUUCCGGCCAUCCUAUGAAGCCUCAUCGCAUUCGGCUUGCGCACAGUUUGAUUAUGAACUAUGGUGUGUACAAGAAAAUGGAAAUAUACCGCGCGAAACCCGCCACUCGACUCGAAAUGACCCAGUUCCACACAGAUGAAUACAUCGACUUUUUGCAACGAGUUACUCCCGAGAAUAUGGACAACUUUACAAGAGAACAAGGAAAAUACAACGUCGGUGACGAUUGCCCCGUGUUCGAUGGGCUAUUCGAAUUCUGUGGAAUCAGUGCUGGUGGUAGUAUGGAGGGUGCGGCACGUCUUAAUCGACAAAAGUGCGACAUCGCAGUGAACUGGGCCGGUGGACUUCAUCACGCGAAAAAGUCGGAAGCAAGUGGCUUCUGUUACGUCAAUGAUAUUGUUCUCGGAAUCCUUGAGCUCCUUCGAUUCAACAAGCGCGUUCUUUACAUCGACAUUGAUGUCCACCAUGGCGACGGCGUCGAAGAAGCUUUUUACACUACCGACCGAGUCAUGACAGUUUCCUUCCACAAGUACGGCGAGUACUUCCCUGGUACCGGUGAAUUACGCGAUAUCGGUAUCGGUCAAGGUCGUUACUACGCGACAAAUUUCCCCCUACGCGACGGCAUCGACGACUCUUCUUACAAAUCCAUAUUCGAACCUGUCAUAUCGAGCGUUAUGGAAUUCUACAACCCAGAUGCGGUUGUUUUGCAAUGUGGUGGAGAUAGUUUAUCAGGUGAUCGUCUUGGUUGCUUCAACCUGAGCAUGGACGGCCAUGCCAACUGCGUGAAGUUUGUCAAAAGCUUCAAUCGACCCACACUAGUUCUAGGAGGUGGCGGCUAUACUAUGCGUAAUGUCGCCCGUACCUGGGCUUUUGAGACUGGUCUCUUAGUUGAUGCUCAGAUGGACCGAACGUUACCAUUCAACGAAUACUACGAUUACUACGGCCCUGACUACACGCUCGAUGUUCGAUCCUCCAAUAUGGAGAACGCGAACAGCCCCGAGUAUCUUGAAAAAAUCAAGAACCAGCUGAUCGAAAACCUCCGACGUACUGCCCAUGCCCCAUCUGUGCAGAUGCAAGAUGUCCCUCGUCAUUCUCUAGGCGCGAUGUCCGACGAAGAAGAGGCGGAACUUGAUGAUUUGGAUGAGGACGAGAACAAGGACGUUCGCAUGACUCAACGUCAAUGGGACCAGCGCAUAGAACGAGACAACGAAUACGAGGAAAGCGAUAACGAGGAAUUAGACCGAGCUAACGGAGUUCGCCGAAACGGUAGUACCCGACGUUCAAUCCUCGAUUAUCGUAAUUCCGAUGCCGAGGCUGAUAGUGGUGCUAUAACUCCCGCUAACGGUGCCGCUGAAAACGUCAUAAAUUCUAAGGAGACGGAUGACAUUGUCAUGGAGGACGCAGGAGUUAAGGAGCCUGAGCCUGAAGCGGACACUGACUCCGCCGCCAAGUCAGACAAGAAAGAUGCGGAUGAGGAGGUCCAAGCCGCUGGCAUUGCCGAGCAAGAGGAAGCACUUAAGAAGGCUCAAAGUGCUGCUAAGUCUGAUAAAGACGGCAGUGAGAGCGAGAAAACUGCUGCUCCCGAGAAUGACACCACAGAUGACAAGGAGGCACCCAAGGAAGCCGACCUCGUCAUGCAGGAUGCGGACGACGUAAAGAAAUCGCCACCCGCGGAAGCUGAGAAAGCAUCGAGCACAACGCCAGAGGCCAAGGGCAACUCCGAAUCCGACAAAGUCGAUAAGGAUGGCGAUGUUGAUAUGGAAGAAUCUACCGCCGCCGAGUCAACAAAAGAAGACAACGCAGAGGCUAAGAAGGAAGAGCCCAAGAAGGAUACUCCUGCUGCUUCUCCCAAGUCAUCAGGGGAUACUAAGACAAGCGAAACGAGCAAGGAUGAAGCAACAUCCUAAGUAUGAGCUCGAGGCACCUCAUGAUACCCCCAUCUUCGAUUUUAUUGCUUUCCUGGAAACGUGUUCAGACUAGCGUGUGGGAGGGAGAGGAUCAAACAAACAGGCUAGGUGUUUAAAGGACGUCUUCACGACCAUCGGUGUAAAUUAGUCACAGCAAAAGGCGUUUUGGUGCAAAUUGUGGUUGCGGCAUAGUCAGCGAAGAUUUCGUCAGACUUUUUAUUUUUUCGAUUUUAGCGAUGGCUUAGUUCUAAGUAUUUCAUAAAUAAGAUACUUUCAAGGCUUCUUUGAGUUUACGGCUAAAUUUUGUCUGCUUCGUGAGAUAGCAGAUGUCAUUAAUGUUCUAUGUGAAGGGUGUUAAUCAAGCAAUUUCUAUCCGAUUAUGCCAACAUCAGGAAGCGGUAUAUAAAUAUCCUCUACGCGC